CUGGUUCAUGUAUGUUAGAAUCGCGACGAAAUUAGGGUUUAACAUCCAAAACCUCCCAAAUCUUUGCCUGCCCGAUGAAUUGUAUGUCUUCAACACUGUGAAAUGAAUUAAAAUAUAGGUUCGGUCUCAAGCUGUUCGUCUCCUCCUCCUUGCUUCUUUCAAUUAUCAAUCGCAUUGGGUUGUCAUGUAUUCUCUGUUUCUCCAUCGAAGAAAGUCUAUAGAGUUACAUCAAUGUACAGUUUUAGUGAAUCUCUUACAAAAUGCAUCUGCUUUCUCCAAUUCCUUCUCCUCUCUUCAAGAUGUUCGUAAAGGAAAGACCUUUACUGUCACCUACCUCGUUGAUUCUCUGGGUUUAACUAAAAAACUUGCAGAAAGCAUCUCGAGGAAAGUCAGUUUUGAGGUAAAGGGUAAGCCAGAUUCUGUUCUGAGUCUACUUAGAAGUAAUGGUUUCACAGAUUCUCACAUCUCAAGCAUCGUUACGAGCUACCCACAAGUGCUUAUAGAAGAUGCUGAUAAAUCUCUUGCUCCAAAGCUUAAGUUUUUAAAGUCGAGAGGAGCUUCAACCUCUGAGCUCACUGAGGUUCUUUCCAAAGUCCCUAAGAUCUUGAGAAUCAAAAAGGACAAAGCUUUCAGUGUCUACUAUGAUUUCAUCAAAGAGGUUAUAGAAGCUGAUAAGAGUUCCAAAGGGUACAAGAAGUUAUGUCUUUCUUCUUUGCCACAGGGAAGUAAGCAGGAGAAUAAACUCAGAAAUGUAUUGGCUUUGAGAGAUUUGGGUGUGCCUCAGCACUUGUUACUCCCUUUGCUCAUCUCUGAUCAUCAACGUCUCAGUGGAGAUGUAAAGUUUAAAGAGUCUCUCAAGAAGGUUGUUGAGAUGGGUUUUGAUCCCACCACUCCAAAGUUUGUCAAAGCUCUACGCAUUGUUCAAAGGUUUAGCAGCAAAGCAAUAGAAGAUAAAGUCAGUUUCUAUGUAAAGUUAGGCUUUGAUGUGGGUGAUGUAUGGGCAAUGUUCAAGAAGUAUCCUCCCUUUCUGAAUAACUCUGAGAAGAAGAUAAGCCAGACAGUUGAAACCCUUAAGAAGUAUGGACUACAGGAAGAUGAGAUCCUCUCAUUGUUCGAGAAGUUUCCGCAGUACAUAAGUUAUUCAGAUAAGAAGAUGGAGAAAGGCAUUGAAACACUUCUUGGCCUUGGGUUCAGCAAGGCUGACUUAACCAUGAUUUUGAAGCGCCUUCCUCAGUGCAUUGGGUUAUCUCCUGAGUCGGUGAAGGAGAAGACUGUGUUUCUGGUGAAGGAGAUGAAUUGGCCACUAGAGGCUGUGGUUUCAACCCCUGCAGUACUUGGAUACAGCUUGGAGAAGAGGACUGUGCCAAGGUGUAAUGUGCUCAAAGCUCUCAUGUCUAAAGGAUUGCUUGGAAAUAAACUCCCCCCAGUGUCGCCUGUGUUGGGUGUUACUAAUGAAGCUUUCUUAAACAAGUAUGUGAGGAAGCAUGAUGACAAGGAGCUUGUGGCUGAGUUGAUGGCUGUAUUCACUAGAAAGAAGAGACAAUCCAAAUCCUUAAAAGGGAACAAAAGUAUCAUGUAAUGCCCUUAAAUCCUAACAUUAGCUGGAAGUGAUGAUUGUAGAUGCAAAUGAUUUCUGGUUUGAAAUGUUAUUGAUGAUAAAGUCUAGGUUUGUAGUAACUAGUAAGUGAUGUGUUGGCUGUGGGAUUAAUGAAGUCAGACAUGUAGUUUGAUCAUUAUAUGCACACUAAGUUAUACUGUCACUCAUUCUUUCAUCUGACUUGUUGAGUUCUUGGUCAUAAGUUUUUG